AUGAAAGAUAAAAAUUAAAAAGAAUGCUUAAUUACUCUUCCAAUAAGAUCUGAAAGUGUUUCUAAUACAUAAGUGAUUGAUUUAAAAUGGAAUAACGUAACUGUGACAUUGGUAAAUUGAAUUGUUAAAAAAAUUAGAGUUAGGAAAUUAAGAAAAAAACUAAAGUUAGAGAAUCUGAGAAUCUUUUAGAAAAAGAAUCAAAUACAAAAUAUAUAUUAAAUAAUGUAACAGGAUAUGCAUUAAGAGGGUAACUGACUGCAAUUCUUGGUCCAUCAGGAGCUGGAAAAACAACCUUAGUUGCAUUACUAAGCAAAAGAUAUAAAGGAAAUAAUAAUAUAAGUGUUAGUGGAACAUUUUUAGCAAAUAAUGAGGAAUAUGAAAAGUUUACAGAUUUUGGAGCCUUUGUAAUGUAAGAUGAUUUAUUAAUGGCAACUCUCACAGUGAAAGAAACAUUAUUAUUUUCAGCCUCAUUAAGAUUAAAAGGAACUUAUUUGAAUAAAAUAUCUAGAGUAAAUGAACUUAUAAAAGAUCUAAAUUUACAUUUGUGUAAAGAUACUUAUAUAGGAGAUAGAAUGCUAAAAGGAAUAUCUGGAGGUGAAAAGAAACGAACAGCAAUAGGUGUAGAAUUAGUUAGUGAUCCUCCAGUUAUUAUAUUAGAUGAACCAACUUCAGGAUUAGACUCAUAUACUGCAUUUAUUUGUAUGAACAUUUUGAAGAAGAUUGCAUUGAAAUAUUAAAGAACAAUUGUUUUUACUAUACAUUAACCAAGUUUUGAUAUCUCCUCACUUUUCAAUAGAGUGAUAAUUCUAAAUAAUGGUCAAAAUAUUUACUAGGGGGAUGCUGAUAAAAUUAUUGGAUAUUGUGAUUAAAUUGGAUUAAAAGUAUUACCAUAUUCGAAUCCUUUAGAUACUAUUAUGAAUAAUAUUAAUCCAAUAUACAAUAAUUAAUAAUAAUUGGUUACAUAUGAUAAUUAUUCAAAAUAUUUAGAAUUAGCAGUAACUAGCUAUACAACUUAGUAAAAUGGAAUUUUAAAAAGAAAAACUUAAUCAACUUUUAGUGAAGAAUUCAAAAUGUUAUUUUGGAGAGCUAAAACUAAUUUUUGGAGAUCACCUACUUUACUUAGAGCAAAAAUUAUUGCUGCUUUUAUUUUAUCAAUAUUUAUUGGUAGUCUAUAUUGGAAUGUAGGCCAUGAAAUGCCAAAACAAACACCUCAAAUAUCUUCAUAUUAAGAAAUAACUUAAUUUUUAUAAAAUAUGAAUGGAGCUUGUUUUAUGGGAGGAACAGGAGCAUUCUUUUCAGCAUUACAUCCAAUGAUGAUGUUAUGUAUAUAAUAUGAUAUAUAUUAGUUCCUGUUGAAAGAGAAAUAUUUUUAAAAGAAGAAAAUACUAAAUUGUAUAAAAUAUUUCCAUACUUUAUUACGAAAAUUCUCGUAGAAAUUCCAUCAAAUAUAUCAGUUUCCAUAAUAUUGGCAUUGAUUCUUUAUUGGGCAUUUGGAUUUAUUUGGGAAAUUGGAAAAGUUAUCUAGUUUAUUUUGAUUACAAUAGCAGUAUCAUUAAGUGGAAAUGGAAUAGGAAUGUAUUUAUAUUUGUAAGUAAAAUAGUUUUACAGGAUGUUUGUUUCCUGAUCCUAAAAGAGCUGCUUAAUUAGGACCUGUCAUAAUGUUACCAAUUUAAUUGUUUGGCGGUCAAUUAGUAAACUUGAAAACAAUUCCUAUAUGGAUUAGUUGGUUUUAAUAUAUUUCGGUAUCUAUUUAAUAUUAUUAUUUAAGCCAUUUAAAUAUUUUUUGGAGGCUUUUGGAAGAACUCAACUAGAAGAUGUAGAAUUUACAACAAUCAUAAAAAAUAAAAAUGAUUUCGAAACUAUCACAAUAAGUCCUAUGCAAUAUUAUGGAAGAGACUUUGGAUUAUGGAAUUGUAUUUUAGUUUUAUUUGGAGUGGCUAUAGCUUUUCAUAUAUUAGCUGUGAUAUUUUUAAAGUUAUUAGUAAAGAAACUAAAUGUAUGAAAAUUCAAUAUGUUAUACAUACGUAUGGUUAUGAAUUUAGCAAGAGUUGCUCAUUUUUUAUUUAAAUAAUGUCUAAAAUUGAUUACAUAAAAUAUGUUUUCUACUUUUCAGUAUUUCCAUUCGUAUUUGGAAAUGAAGUCAAUAUUUCAAAAUCUCAAAAUGUUCUCGAUGAAUCUUCAAAAGGGAAGAGUUGCAAGGAUUAAUGUAAAAAUAAUAAUGAUUAUGAUCGAUGUUAUAAUGAAUGUAAAAUUGAGAAAGAAUAGCCAAUAAUUCAAAUAAUAAGCAUAACUUGUAUAGUGUUUAGUUUAAUUUUGAUCUUAUUUAUAAUUUGGAAAAGAAAGUAAGUUAUAAGAUUAUUUCGUUGUAUUUUAAAUAGAAGAACAAUAAUGAUGGAGUCCUUUUUAAAUAAUGCUAUUUUAAUAAAAAAUAGUAAUCUAUUAUUGAAUCAAUUUAGGAAAGUGGGUAAAAUGCUUAACUAAUCUUAAAAUGAAUUGAUAUUUACUCAAAAUGGGAAACUUCACAAAGAAGAGGAUGUAUAAAUAAUGUGUAAGAUUAAUGAGAAGGAAUAAUAUAUUUCAAUUUCUCUUUUAGGAAAUGAUAAGUAUGGUGUGUGGAGUGGUAGUGGAGUCACUAUUAUAGAUUAUAGUAAUUAGCUUAAAAUAUGGUUUAUAAAGGAUUAUGAAGAAUAACAAUAAGCAAGAUAAUCAGGAUUAUGGGAACAUCUAAUUUAUUAAGGGGAAUUUGAUGAAGAAGUAAGAGCAUUUAGUGGAUAAUGGUAUUAUGAUGGAUUUGAAAAUGAUUUAACUUACAGUGGUACUUGGAUUUUAAAAAUGAAAUGA